AUUGCAGCACCUUGUGCCCAGGGUAUUGGACCCCCCCGAGGUGAAACCGGCUUGUUGGAGACGGACACAGUUGGAGUCAGGAUGAAGCCCUUCGCAACAAUUGUGCUUGUGGUGUGUAUUUACCUGUCAGGAUCGGACAGUGCAGGAUUGUAUGGAAAAUCAGUGAAAUUCCAAACCGAGACAGACAACAGCUUCGUCAGGUUGAAUGCACAUGAUUUCACCGGAUUGACCGCCUUUACUGUCUGUUUCAGGGCAGGCACUGAAAAUACUUACCAAAGUUUGUUCUCCUACGCUACAAGCUCUUCCGCCAACGAACUACUGAUUUGGCAAGAAACUAAAACACAACUCUGGCUGUAUUUAGGAAGUUAUGAAUAUAAGUUUUACAUCCCAGAAAUGAAUUCUUUACCGAGACACAUCUGUGUGACCUGGGAGUCUAAAGGGGGUGAGAUAAUAAUCUGGGUCAAUGUGAGAUGCCAUGUACGGGAGGUUCAUGUACGGGAGGGUCAGGUUGUGAAAGGGUCUGGUGAAUCUAUUCUAGGUCAGGACCAAGACUCAGUUGGUGGAGGUUUUGACGCCAGUCAGUCAUAUGUCGGAGAGAUAACUGAUGUUAAUAUGUGGGAUCGUGUUCUAAAACCCAAUGAGAUUAUGUUGAUCAUUCAGGUUUGUUUCAAUGCUGGAGGGAACAUCAUUGAUUGGGGAUCAACAACAUUUACAACAGGAGGGAACGUCAUAUUUAACACCAAUAAUAAUUGUCCUGUCCUUGCAGAGCUCCUGUGCUUGGUUCACUUCCAGACCAACACUUUCCCUCCUCUCCUGGUUCUCUCUCAGGUGAUGAAUGUGAUCCACGAGGAUAGGGCAGUGGAUGUUGUCCGCUUGCAUUUUAGUAAGCUAUUUGAUAAUGACCCCACGGUGAUGAAUGUGAUCAAUGAGGAUAGGGCAGUGGAUGUUGUCCACUUGCAUAUUAGUAAGCUAUUUGAUAAUGACCCCAUGGUGAUGAAUGUGAUCAAUGAGGAUAGGGCAGUGGAUGUUGUCCACUUGCAUAUUAGUAAGCUAUUUGAUAAUGACCGCAUGGAAGGUUGCCAUUACAUUGGAAAGGGUACAGAAGAGAUUCGCCAGGAUGUUACCUUGAUUCAAAGAGCAGAUGGAUCCAGGUCUUCAUGCCUGGAGCUCCAGAACUUUGGGUGCUGGCUGGGACCAAAUUAG